UUUAAGCUAAAACCAAUAUCUAUAUUUAGUGAUGUAGGUUAGUAUGGCUGACACAAUAAAGAAUUUGUAAUCGAUUGUCAAAUAGAGACAUGUUUUAGAAAGUAACUGCGAAUUAUAUCAUUAUCAGAAGGAAUUUAUCGCGGACACAAUGAGCAGCUCAGAGGAUGAUAACGAUAUUUCCGCUAUUGUUAUUGACAACGGUUCAAGAAUGUGCAAGGCGGGUUUCGCUGGAGAUGACGCGCCGAGAGCGAUUUUCCCGACCGUUAUCGGACGGCCCGGGCCGUGGUACGAUUUUGUGAUGAUGGGAAAGGAUAGGAAAGACACGUACAUCGGUGAUGAAGCGCAAAGCAAACGUAUCGCCCUUUCCUUGAAGUAUCCGGUGGAGCGUGGCAUCGUCACCAACUGGGAUGACAUGGAACAGAUUUGGCACCACGUAUUCUACGACCAGCUCCGUGUUGCGCCCGAAGAACAUGCGGUGCUUCUGACGGAUGCGCCGCUCAAUCCUAAAGCCAACCGCGAGCGUAUGACGGAAAUUAUGUUCGAGACUUUCAAUGCUCCUGCGUUCUACAUCGGCAGUCAAGCUGUUAUGUCCAUGUAUGCGUCAGGGCGUACGACCGGGGUUGUUUUCUACUCUGGAGACGGCGUUUCACAUGUGGUUCCAGUUUACGAAGGCUACGCGCUACCCCACGCGGUAAAUUGUGUUAAUCUAGCGGGACAGGAUGUGACAAAUUAUCUACAAAAUAUCCUGAACGAGAGAGGAUACAGUUUCACCACUUCUUCGGAAACAGAUAUCGUUAGAGACAUUAAAGAGAAACUGUGUUACGCGGCUUUAGACUUUAACAGUGAAAUGGAAUCCGCUCCGAAUUCUUCCUCAUUAGAAAAAUGUUAUGAGCUACCAGACGGACAGCGGCUCACCAUUGGAAAUGAGCGUUUCCGGUCUGUGGAGGCAAUGUUUCAACCUUCUUUUCUAAGCAUGGAGUGCGCCGGCGUCCAUGAACUGCUAUAUAAAUCGGUCAUGAAAUGUGACAUCGACCUACGGCGUGACCUUUUGAGUAGCGUCAUUCUUUCCGGUGGCUCUACGAUGUUUCCCGGCUUCGCCAACCGGAUGAAGAUAGAGUUAGACACACUGGCUCCUUCCAGGAUUAACGUCAAGGUCAUUGCACCACCAGAGCGGAAGUUGUCAGUGUGGAUCGGUGGUUCCAUAUUGAUGUCUCUCACUAACUAUAAACAGAUGUGGAUCACAAAGCACGAGUACGACGAAAACGGCCCCGGGAUUGUACACACAAAAUGCUUCUAAAUCAUGUCCCUUGUCAUAGAAAAUGGUACUAAAUGUGACGACUCUGCCAAUAUCUAAGUCCGAUACCAUUGGCAUGGCUAUAUAUUAUGAUUUUAUUAAGCGAGAAAUAUUAAUAUGUUCAUUGUGUAAACGUGAACCGUAUUGCAGUAGAUGAUAUAUGUCAGACAUUAAUACCACAUUUAGGGUACAUGUGAAGGAGUAGUGCCAGGCAGCACGUGGCUAUAAGGGUAUGAAGCCGAUGUAAUUUAUUAACUUUACCCUGUGACAUUAAACGGGGAUUAUGUUUAAACUUUUGGCUACUGAGCUUGUUUCUGUAGUUUUUCACAUAAGUUUUGAUAUAAUAUUCAUCAUCAUGUUGUAGGUUUUCAAACUUUUAUUCACAUUGAAUGUGGAAUAUAGUAACACAGCCUUAAACUAACUCAGCAUUAUAUGUUCACUAAACCUCAUUAUGAUUGUCUUUCUUACUGUAACAAUUAUAUACUUAAUUUUAUGCAGUUACACAAUGAUAAACUACUGUCUUUCAUCGGUUAUAUAUUGAUGUUGUUUGAAUCCAGUUUUGAUAAUAAAUUAAGUUCUAAUAAAUGUUUAAAGAACAAAAGC